AUGACCACAAGAGCAAGACAUGAGAAAAUGAACACGUUAUACACCGCCAAACCGGUGUUUUUGGAAUCAUUUGGCUGCAAGCAAUGGACGUUUCUUGUCUCCCAGGACAAAAAUACUCCAAAUGUCAACACAAUUCCUUUUAAACAGCAGAUUAACAUCACCCAGGUCAUCAGAGAACUACAGGUACAAGUGUUAAUCAUAAGCUGUUCUGUCACGUCGUCGUCGUCAUCACGUAUCUGAAACAAGAAUUGUGACAUGAGAAUCGUACAUGACUUGAAUUAAUAACGUGGACCAGUAAAGGUGAGGGCAACCCGGCAAAAUGCCCAAGAAACUCCAAAGACAAAUUAAUAACAAUAAAACAAAUCGAAGAAAGGUGCAGUGAAGAAGAGGGUAUGACAAUGUCAACUGCACUUCUCUGACAUCAAGUCAGAAUGGCAUAUGGGUCUCAAUAAAAAGCGGCCAGCCGUUAGAGCCUGAUUGAGCUUCGGCUGAUAUAAUAUAAGAAAUAACUUCUAUAUGGAAUAAUUAGGUCUUUCUAAAGCCAUAGUCUUACAUUAGAGAGAAGAUGCAAAGUGGCUCGGAACUUGGACGUGAAAAUACUUUCAGUGGGUAGUAUUACCAGACAAAAAUAUAAUUUCUUUUUCAUAAGACAGUGGUGGCUUUAUGAAUUUACCUUCUUGUUGAUUUCUAAAUGUUGUUGUAUCGUCAUUGGAUCAACAACUGACCAACAUGAUAGAAUAAUUACAUCUACAAGACAGCCAGCACCUAUCCUGAGCAAAAGACCUGUUGUACUUAGCUCGGCAACCUAAAAAAAUUGACCAUUUUAAUCUUGCUGCUCAGGGUGGUAAUGGUUAUGUUUAUUGGGGCAGAUGAAGAUGAUGGCGAUGGUAGUGAUGAUGACGAAGAUGAUGAUGAUGAUGAUGAUGACGAUGGUGAUGAUGAUGAUGAUGACGAAGAUGAUGAU